AUGGGGGAGAAGCUGGAGCUGAGGCUCAAGUCGCCCGUGGGGGCCGAGCCCGCCGUCUACCCGUGGCCGCUGCCGGUCUACGACAAACACCAUGAUGCUGCUCAUGAAAUCAUUGAGACCAUCCGAUGGGUCUGUGAGGAAAUCCCAGACCUCAAGCUCGCUAUGGAGAAUUACGUCCUAAUCGACUAUGACACCAAAAGCUUCGAAAGCAUGCAGAGGCUCUGUGACAAGUACAACCGGGCCAUCGACAGCAUCCACCAGCUGUGGAAGGGAACCACACAGCCCAUGAAGCUGAACACACGGCCAUCCAAUGGGCUCCUGCGGCACAUCCUGCAGCAGGUUUACAACCACUCGGUGACGGACCCUGAGAAGCUCAACAACUACGAGCCCUUCUCUCCAGAGGUGUAUGGGGAGACCUCCUUUGACCUGGUCGCGCAGAUGAUUGAUGAGAUCAAGAUGACUGAGGAUGACCUGUUUGUGGACCUGGGAAGUGGAGUGGGCCAGGUCGUGCUGCAGGUCGCCGCGGCCACCAACUGCAAACAUCACUACGGAGUCGAGAAAGCCGACAUCCCAGCCAAGUACGCGGAGACCAUGGACCGAGAGUUCAGGAAGUGGAUGAAAUGGUAUGGAAAAAAGCAUGCAGAAUACACACUGGAAAGAGGCGAUUUCCUCUCAGAGGAGUGGAGAGAACGGAUCGCUAACACAAGUGUUAUAUUUGUGAAUAACUUUGCCUUUGGUCCUGAGGUGGAUCACCAGCUGAAGGAGCGAUUUGCAAACAUGAAGGAAGGUGGCAGAAUUGUGUCCUCGAAGCCCUUUGCACCUCUGAACUUCAGAAUAAACAGUAGAAACUUGAGUGACAUCGGCACCAUCAUGCGCGUCGUGGAGCUCUCGCCCCUGAAGGGCUCAGUGUCGUGGACGGGGAAGCCCGUCUCCUACUACCUACACACCAUCGACCGCACCAUACUUGAAAACUAUUUUUCUAGUCUGAAAAAUCCGAAACUCAGGGAGGAACAAGAGGCAGCUCGGCGCCGGCAGCAGCGAGAAAAUAAGAGUAAUACGACCACCCCCACGAAGGUGCCCGAGAGCAAGGCUGCUGUGCCUGCAGACACCUCUGUGGAUUCUGGUGCUGAAGAAGAGAAAGCCGCGUCGACCGCUAUCAAGAAGCCAUCCCCCUCCAAAGCUCGGAAGAAGAAGCUGAAUAAGAAGGGCCGGAAGCUAGCUGGCCGGAAGCGUGGACGUCCCAAGAAGAUGAGCACUGCGAACCCUGAGCGUAAGCCCAAGAAGAACCCUACUGCACUGGACCUGCUACACGCCCAGACUGUGUCCCAGACGGCGGUGUCCUCACCACAAGAUGCAUACAAGUCACCUCACAGCCCAUUUUAUCAGCUACCUCCCAGUGUGCAGCGGCACCCCCCUGACCAGCUAUUGCUGGCACCCACCCCACCUGCACUGCAGAAGCUGCUAGAGUCCUUCAAGAUUCAGUACCUGCAGUUCCUGGCGUACACGAAGACCCCUCAGUACAAGGCCAGCCUGCAGCAGCUGCUGGACCAGGAGAAGGAGAAGAAUGCCCGGUUACUGGGUGCCGCACGGCAGCUGUUCGGUCACUGCCAGGCCCAGAAAGAAGAAAUAAAGAGGCUCUUCCAGCAGAAACUGGAUGAGUUGGGAGUGAAGGCGCUGACCUACAGUGACCUGAUCCAAGCACAGAAAGAGAUCUCAGCUCACAACCAGCAGCUGCGAGAGCAGACAGAGCAGCUAGAGAAGGACAACAGGGAGCUGAGAAGCCAGAGCCUGCAGCUGCUGAAGGCUCGGUGUGAGGAAUUGAAGUUGGACUGGUCUACACUGUCCCUGGAGAACCUGCUGAAGGAGAAGCAGGCCCUGAAGAGCCAAAUCUCCGAGAAACAGAGGCACUGCCUGGAGCUUCAGAUCAGCAUUGUGGAGCUGGAAAAGAGCCAGCGGCAGCAGGAGCUCCUGCAGCUCAAGUCAUGCGUGCCACCUGAUGAGACCGUGUCCCUGCAUCUGCGAGGGAAAGGUGGCCUGGCCCGGGAACUGGAGGCAGAGCCCAGCCGGCUGCAUCUCGAGCUGGACUGCUCCAAGUUCUCACUGCCCCACUUCAGUAACAUGAGCCCAGAGCUCUCCAUGAAUGGCCACGCAGCUGGCUAUGAGCUCUGCAACACGCUGAGCCGGCCCUCGUCCAAGCAGAACACCCCCCAGUACCUGGCCUCCCCACUAGACCAGGAGGUUGUGCCAUGUACCCCCAGCCACAGCAGCCGGCCCCGGCUUGAGAAGCUGUCUGGCUUGACCUUGCCAGACUACACCAGGCUCUCCCCGGCCAAGCUGGUGCUGAGACGCCACCUGAGCCAGGACCACACAGUCAGUGGCAAGAUAUCUGCUGGCGAGCUGCACCCAAGAGCUGAGCACGCCAAGGAGAAUGGCCUUCCAUACCAGAGCCCGGGCCUUGCCAAUGGCAUCAAGCUGAGCCCUCAGGAUCCACGGCCCUCAUCCCCUGUGGUUUUACAGAUGACAGGAGAAAAAAGCAGUGAGAAGGGUCUGAAGGAGCGUGCCUACGCCAGCAGUGGGGAGGCUAUCACCAGCCUACCCGUCAGCAUCCCGCUCAGCACUGUGCAGCCCAGCAAGCUUCCUGUUAGCAUCCCUCUGGCCAGCGUGGUGUUGCCCAACCGUGCUGAGAAGGUGAGAAGCACCCCCAGCCCUGUGCCUCAGACCCGAGAGUCCUCGUCCACACUUGAAAAGCAGAUGGGUGCUAAUGCCCAUGGUGCUGGGAGCAACGCUGCUGGGAGCAAAAGCCUCACUUUGGCGCCCACAGGCUUCUCCUACGCUGGCUCAGUGGCCAUCAGCGGGGCCCUGGCAGGCAGCCCAGCCCCACUUGCUCCUGGAGUUGAGCCCCCUGCCUUCGAUGAGUCCUCCAGCUCGGGGAGCCACUUCACCACCGUGGGUUCCCGAAGCUCUACCCCGCAACACCCUCAACUGCUGGGGCAGCCCUGGAACUCUGGUCCUGCCUCACCCGCUCACCAGCUCUGUGUCAGCCCCCGGCUCAGCACUGCCCAGGGCCCACUCCCUGAUGCCAGCAAAGGGGACCUUCCCUCUGAGGCUGGCUUCUCCGAUCCAGAGAGCGAGGCCAAGAGAAGGAUCAUCUUCACCAUCUCAGCUGGUGCUGGCAGUGCCAAGCAGUCACCUUCCAACAAGCACAGCCCUCUGCCCGGGGGUGUCCGCGGAGACAGCAGUCAGAGCCACGGGCAAGACAGCCGAAAGCGGGGCAGGAGGAAGCGGGCAUCUGCAGGGACCCCUAGCCUAAGCUCUGGCGUGUCACCCAAGCGCCGGGCCUUGCCAUCUGUCGCCGGCCUCUUCACUCAGUCUUCAGGGUCUCCGCUCAACCUGAACUCCAUGGUCAACAACAUUAACCAGCCUUUGGAAAUCACAGCCAUCUCGUCCCCUGAGAGCUCCCUGAAGAGCUCCCCUGUACCUUACCAGGACAAUGACCAGCCACCCAUACUCAAGAAAGAGAAGCCUCUGAGCCAGACCAAUGGGGCCCACUACUCCCCGCUGACCUCAGAUGAGGAGCCAGGUUCUGAGGACGAGCAAGGCAGCGCCAGAAUUGAGAGAAAAAUUGCAACUAUCUCCUUAGAAAGCAAAUCUCCUCCAAAAACCUUGGAAAACGGUGGUAGCCUGGUAGGAAGGAAGCCGAUGCCCUCCAGCGAGCCCAUCAACAGCAGCAAGUGGAAGUCCACCUUCUCGCCCAUUGCCGACCUCAGCCUGGCCAAGGCUGCUGACAGCCCACUACAGGCCAGCUCCACUCUGAGCCAGAACUCCCUGUUCACUUUCCGGCCCGCCCUAGAGGAGCUCGGCUCAGUUGAUGCCAAGCUGGCUACUCACCCCAGGAAGAGCUUUCCGGGUGCACUGUCGGGGGCCGGCGGGGUGAGCCCCAUCAGCAACCCUCCCAAUGGCUUUGCCUUCAGCGGGAGCCUGGCUGCCGACCUCAGUUUACACAGUUUCAGUGAUGGUGCUUCUCUCUCUCACAAGGCCCCUGAAGUGGCCAGCCUGGGUGCCCCCCUGAGCUUUUCUGCCCCAAGGGGUAAGGAGGGCAGCGUGGAACCCAGCCCCUUUGUGAACAAGAGGCAGCUGGAUGGACUGGGUGGCCUGAAGGGCGAGGGAGUCAAGGGCAGGGAAGCAGAGGUUAGCCUGCCCGUGUGCACGCCCUCAGACAAGGCCUCGUCGCAUGGCAAGGGGGGCAAGGGCCGGGACCGCGAGCCUGACUUCAAAAACGGCCACAAUCUCUUCAUUUCUGCUGCUGCUGUGCCUCCUGGGGGCCUCCUCAGCGGUCCAGGCCUCACCACAGCAGCAUCCUCGGCAAGCGGCACAGCCCCUUCCUCCCAGACACACCGGCCCUUCCUGGGUACUUUCGCACCUGGCCCACAGUUCACCUUGGGCCCCAUGUCCCUGCAGGCCAACUUAGGCCCGUCUGUGCUGCAAUCCUUGUUCAACUCUGUGCCAGCUGCCGCUGGCCUAGUGCAUGUCUCAUCCGCCGCAACCAGACUGACCAACUCACACGCCAUGGGCAGCUUUUCCUCCGGUGUGGCAGGUGGCGCAGUUGGAGGUAACUAGGAUUCUACCUCAACCUCGAGACCUGUGCAAGGACAGGUGGGCUGCAGGGCUGGCGGAUGACCAGAUGGCUGGAUGGACCGAGGACAAGGCUCUGCUCUGAGUCCAUGCUGUGCAGACCUGCGGGAGAUGCUGGGCCUGGCUCCAGCUUAUACUGUCGAUAGUUU